AUGACAGCAACAACAACUACAGCGAGAAAAAUAGCAACGACAACUACAGUGACAACAACGACAGCUACGACGACUCCAACGACAACUACAGCGAGAAAAAUAGCAACGGCAACGACAACGACAGCGACAACAACGACAGCUACGACGACAGCAACAACAACUACAGCGAGAAAGAUAGCAACGGCAACGACAACGACAGCAACGGCAACGACAACGACAGCAACGGCAACGACAGCGACAACAACGACAGCUACGACGACAGCAACAACAACUACAGCGAGAAAAAUAGCAACAGCAACGACAAUGACAGCAACGGCAACGACAACGACAACAACGACAGCUACGACGACAGCAACAGCAACUACAGCGAGAAAAAUAGUAACGGCAACGACAACGACAGCAAUAACAACAACAACGACAAAAACGACAGCUACGACGACUGCAACGAGAACGACAGCAACGGCAACGACAGCGACAACAACGACAGCUACGACGACAGCAACAACAACUACAGCGAGAAAGAUAGCAACGGCAACGACAACGACAGCAAUGGCAACGACAACGACAGCUACGACGACAGCAACAACAACCACAGAGAGAAAGAUAGCAGCAGCAACGACAACAACGACAGCUACGACGACAGCAACAACAACUACAGAGAGAAAAAUAGUAACGGCAACGACAACGACAGCAAUAACAACAACAACAGCAUAUUUUUCACAAUAUGCAAUAAAUUGAAACUUGAGUAGAUUUUAACUGAUGUCUGUCUGAGAAUUUUUCUUUUAAUAAUUUUUUCUAUCUUUAUCUAUAAUUUUAUCUAUUUUUCUGUAUGUUUGUUUUUUAUUUAUUUAUGAAAAAAAAGGAGGUAUAUUAUACAAUUAUGAUUGAGUAAUUUGAUAAUUAAAGAAAACUAUGUGUAUUUCCCUACUUCCUUCCUUCCUUCCUUCCUUCCUCCCUUCCUUCCUUCCUUCCUUACUUACUUCCUUACUUC